AGGAACGGAGGCGGCGGCAACGGUGGCUUCAACUUCGGAACAGGGCUACCCGGCCCACCUCAAGGCAAUGGAGGUAGCUGGAACGGAGGACAAGGCGGUCAAGGCGAAUGGAAUGCUGAUGGAAUGGGAGGUUGGAAUAAUGGGAACGGUGGAGGCUUAGGUGGAUGGAACAACGGGAGUAUGGGAGGACCAGGAGGAUGGAACAAUGGCAACGGAGGGGGAUGGAACAACGGAAAUGGCGCAAAUUGGAAUAGCGGAGGAGGUGGCAACUGGAACAACAAUGGGAGUGGAGGAGGAGGCUGGCAACGAAAGGGUCCUAAAUGUUACAACUGCGGACUCUUCGGACAUAUUUCUCAAGAAUAUCAGGCGUCGAGGCAACAUAAUCAAGGUGUACAAAUUCACAACCAAGGGCCACAUAUGAACGAAGGAUCGAGUAGCUCCAAUGCAUACGUAGAGACGGAAAAAACGGUCGUACUAAGCAAAGAUGUAGAGGAAUCCUUGAAGAGCAUGGCGGCCUUCGUGAAGAGACAAGCGAAGAAGGAAGAGGAGGAACGCCAGCAAAAGAAGGAAGCAAAAGAGAAGAGAAAGAAGGCGGAGGCGGAGAAAGCAGCGAGGGAAGAAGCGAAUAGGUUGGCGUUAGAAACGAAAAAGGCGAAAGAGUUAAAGGAAGCAAAGAGAAACUGGGAGUUCGAAAAGAUGCUAGCAAACCAGAAGGAGGCGGUGGAGUUGGAUUUCGAGAGAAGAUUGGAAAACAGGCUGAAGGGAGUAAUGAUAACUGAGAGAGUAGUUAAAGCGAAAGCAAAGAUGGCUACGCCAGAACCUGGAUCAUCAGAGGAUGAAGAAGAGGAGGAGGAGACUCAAGAAGAAAGACUGGAGAAGCGCAAACGCCAGCAAGGACAGACAUCGGGAACACAUGCAAGCCCAGUUGGUACUCCGGCCAAGAUGGGAAGACCGAGUGCGGAAGACCGAGUGCGGAAGACCCGGUGGCACGUGUGGUGCAAGAAAGGGAUGACCAAACCGACUUAUAAGCAACAAAGGGGAGAAUCAAGACUCGACAUGAAUCCACCUUGUGGGAAGGAGCAUUGGUGGAUGUUGACAGUAAAACAGAGGUCGCCUUCAAGAAACAGAUAAGGAAAUUCCUAAACAAGAAGAGCGUUCCAACCAUCCAGGAGAUGUGCAGAGAAUGGGGAAUGACUUACCGAGGACGCCCGGAAGCAGUUGACGAGCUGAUUGAUCUUCGGGUGAUGCACUUCUACAAAGUACCGCGAACACCGCGUCAAGGAGGAAUUGUUAUUCGCGAACAACCUGCAAGCGUGACACGCGCACCGAAGACACCACAAAGCGAAUAUCGGGAUCCGUCCGAUGAGUAACGCAUGGAAUGAUCUACGUUUCUACUUAAGUCUACGUCAUCAGCUAAUCGGUAGAACUGGGAGAGAUAUUAAAGAUCUAAGACUAGCUAUAAAAAAAAUAUUGAGACUAUGCGUUGUAAUCCUAGUUCGUAGAGGGGAAAUCCAAUGGGGAACAAAAUUCCUUGAUAAUU